UGUUGUCUCCUUCAUAAAGAACAAAUUGGUUGAAAUGUAAACACUGUUAGGGAAAACAUAAGACAAGUAAGUGAUACAUAGGUUUAGCAUCUGAAUCAGACAUGGACCUAGAUAACCGGAAAAAUGCACCAUUUUCAUCCAAUCUCCAGCUCUAUUCUUACUGCUAUAGCUCUUGCUCAUGGCGUACCCGCUUUGCUUUAUGCCUCAAAGCAUUUGGAGGAAAAAUAUACUCAGAAGCCACUGUUGCAAGUUGGUCCACAGCUCAGAGCUCUCAAUCUUCAGGUUGCAAGUAUUGUUCACUCCAGUAUACAGCCUCUUCACAUGCUUUCUCUUCUGAAAGAUAUGGAGAAAAAGUUUGGUGCAGAAUCAAAACCAUGGGCCCAAUUUACCAUUAACAAAGGUUUCUCAGCUCUUGAAAAGCUACUGAAGGAUUUUGCUGCAACAUAUGCCUCAGGGAACGUAUCUGCUGAUGUAUUUUUGGUAGCAGACAUAGAACAGUCAGUUGAGAGGUUUGGUGUUGAUAUGGUCAAGUAUAGUUCUUACAAUUUCUCAAUAUAUUUUUGUUUCAUUAUAUACAAAUAUUGGUACACAAGCCUGAGUGGUUGAGAGUGGAUAUAGAAUUCUUCUCAUCUCUUUUCUUCACUUCUGCAUAUUAUGAACAUUUUACAAUUUUUGUGAGUUUUUGCAGUCCAAAUUCCCUACCCUGAGUAGGUUGUAUGAAACAUACAAAGCUUUGCCAGAGUUUCAAGCAUCAUCUCACCAAAGACAACAUCAUUCACAACCCUCGACUACUUGAGCAUCUGAAAUUUCUAUGUUGUUUUGGUUUUGGAGUUACCAUGCAAAUUAAAUGGUUGUCACAAGGCCUAGUUGUGUCUGCCCCACAACAGCUUCAUCAGUUGAAAGUUAAAACUGGGUUUCCUUCAUAAGCAUUUGACAGCAUUAUGGUUAUACUUAACUAGUGUGUAUUAUUAUGUCCCCUCAAAACCAGCGAUUGAAUAUUUUGGUAUUUCAAAUAGAUCACUAUGUCAAGCUCAAUAUUAAAAAUACAUUUAGAUUUUUGGUUAUGCAGAACUAUUUAAAGACUCAACAAAGAUAUAAAAAAAUAAUGUUGCUAACAUUUUA